AUGGCGGACAAGAGAGCAUUGUUUGAGGCAAAGAUCAACGAGGCGGGCAAGGGGCCAGGGUUCGAGCGAGUGGACCAUGGACCCAACUUUAAGCCCGGCUGGAAGGCCAACGGCAACUCUGGCGGUGGCCACACUGCGCACGACGGCAAGUUCAAGAAGCAGACAAAGCGCGUCGAGACCAAGUUUGACCAGCCGCCGCCUCCCAAGAAGAGCCUGACCGACUUGCCCUGA